AGAGCGAACGGGCGCGCAUUUAAUUUCCGCGAAUGACAUCAAACGUGUAUUGAUUGAAGGGAGUAAGGAAAUACAUAAUUAUGUAAUAAUAACAAUAAGGGAAAUAAUAAUAAGAAUAAUGACCUGCAGAUAAUGCAAGGAUUUUUCACAGCCUCGUAGAUACUUGAACGAUGUUAAUCAUCGGAAAGUGCUUGCAUUUCACAUGCACGUCUCUUCUCCGCUCAAAGUACUCUAGUCAUAAGUUCAAUCUCUGCACAACAAAUCUUUGCGCCUGUAAAAGAUUGUUGCGUCUCUCGCUUGUAAAUACAGAACGACAACAAGAUAGAAAAUGUACCCCGCCACAAGUGCAGGGAAUUUCGAUGCGGAUAAAGUCUACAUUUCUCCAACAUCAAAUGGGAUUUGUGAUACAGAAACGACAUAUGGGGUUGACUGCGAAAUUUGUAAAUAACUCUCCAUCUAAAAUUCAGCCAUAUAUGAAAUUGAUGAGGAUAGACAAACCAAUAGGUUCCUGGUUACUUUUCUGGCCUUGUGGAUGGAGCAUUGCAAUGGCUGCACCCGUAGGUUCACUUCCGGAUCUCAAAAUGUUGGCUCUCUUUGGCCUAGGAGCUUUCGUCAUGCGAGGCGCUGGAUGCACGAUUAACGAUUUGUGGGAUCAGGAUAUCGACAAGAAGGUAGCCAGAACAAAGGAUAGACCUCUAGUAACCGGCGAAGUGACGCCAUUUCAGGCGUUCACGUUUCUCGGUGGCCAAUUGAGCUUAGGACUUUUAAUUUUAUUGCAACUUAACUGGUACAGUAUUCUACUUGGUGCAAGUUCACUGGGUCUAGUUAUAAUUUAUCCUCUCAUGAAGAGAGUGACUUAUUGGCCUCAAUUAAUAUUGGGGAUGACCUUCAAUUGGGGUGCUUUACUUGGAUGGUCUGCGAUACACGGUUCCUGUGAUUGGUCUGUUUGUUUACCCCUAUACACUGCCGGUAUCUGCUGGACUAUUUUGUACGACACGAUUUACGCUCAUCAGGACAAAGUAGAUGAUUUGCUCUUAGGGAUAAAAUCAACAGCCCUCAAAUUUGGAAGUAAUACCAAACUUUAUUUGUCUGGAUUCGGAGCGAGCAUGAUUGGAGGAUUGGUGGCAUCGGGAAUGGCUGCAGAACAGACACUUCCCUAUUAUAUUUCUGUAGGAUUAGUCGGCAGUCAUCUAGUUCAUCAGAUUCACACAUUGGACAUUGACAAUCCAAAAGACUGCGCAAAGAAGUUCAUUUCUAACCACAGUGUUGGAAUAUUGCUAUUUGCUGGGGUCGUUUUAGGGAAUUUAGUGAAGAAUUACGUUACCAAGAGUGCCACAAGCAAAGUGAACGAGAUUCAGUCAAGUAAACAGAAUGCCAAUAAGAGUUUCAGCCAUAGUCAAGUUUCUCUAAUCAAUAGCUAAUAAACCCUUAGUCUUGCACAAAAAUAGAAAUUUAAUUAUAUUUAAGAAAUUUUAUAGAAGGACAUUUGGAUAGAAGUGAAAAAUGUACUAAUUAAAAGAUUUUUAAACACAUAGAUUUCUUCAGUUUUUGUCUUAUGCUUAGUGAAUACCAAAGAAAAGAUUCAUUUUGAGGGGAGAAGAAACUUGAAGAAUGUCACAAGUUUGAUGGUGAAUAUUUCAUGUUUUGGAUUGUACAAUAAACUGUUUUUGUUUUCA